AAUACCGAAACCAAAACCGCAGUAGGGGGGAGGGGAGAGAGCAGCUUGCCGUCAUGCCAUGUGAUACAUGAUAGGAGUAGAAGGAGAAGAGGAGAGAGAGUGUGUGUGAAUCAGUGAAUUAAGGUGGUAUAAGUAGCAAGCGCCACCGGGGAGAGUUCCUUGCUUGGUUUGGUUCCUCUCUGCUUCUCUCUCUUUUCCUCCCUCCGGCGACCACCAGCAUACCAUACCAUCGCCGGCUUGCUUGCUUCCUUCCUUCCUUCCUUGGGGGAGAGAGAGAGUGUGUGUGUGAUGGGGACGGGGUGGCGGAGGGCACUGUGCACGUCGGUCCGGCGAGAUCCGGAGCAACAAGAGGUGAAGAGGCGAGGAGAGGCCCCAAGCCCCCGGUGUGGAGGAGGCAGCAGGCUGGGUGGCUUCUUCUCCGCCAUCUCCAGCAGCCAUAGCAGCAGUAAUCCAGCAACAACGACGCCCACCCUGCGAUGCCGCACCAAACCAAAGCCACAGUCCAGCAGCAGCGACCACCAGCAGCAGCUUCCGUCGUCCGCGCCGGCGCCCAAGAAGAGGAUGCCUCUGCUGCAGGCUCUCUCCGUGCCAUCCUCGCCCAGAUCCCCCUCCAGAUUCGCCCUCCUCAAGGCCUCCAUCCUGCCCAACAAGAGCCGGUGCGGCGUGUGCUCCCACGGCGUGAAGACCGGCGCGGCGGCGGUGUUCACGGCGGAGUGCUCCCACUCCUUCCACUUCCCCUGCAUCGCCGCCCACGCCCACGCCCUCGCCGCCGCCACCGCUCUCUCCUGCCCCGUCUGCGCCGCGCCAUGGCGCCAGGCCCCCUUCAUCAACAAGCGCACCACCACCACCGACGACCACAAGCGCAAGUCCUACGACGACGACGAGCCCCUCCUCGCGCCCAAGGCCGCCGCCGGCGCCUUCAACCCUAUCCCCGAGGACGACGAGGACGACGCCACCGAGUUCAGGGGCUUCUUCCCGGCGCGCCCCAGGAGCGGGCUGGCCGUCACCCUCGCCCCGGACGCCGCCCUCGUGUCCGCUGGGCGGAGGCACGGCAAGUACGUGGUGGCCGUGAGGGUGAAGGCGCCCGCCCUGCGCUCCUCGCCCUCCACGCGCGCCCCCAUCGACCUCGUCACCGUCCUCGACGUCAGCCAGGGCAUGAUGGGCGACAAGCUUCACAUGCUCAAGAGAGGCAUGCGCCUCGUCAUCGCCUCUCUCGGCCCCGCCGACCGCCUCGCCAUCGUCGCCUUCUCCGGCGCCGCCAAGCGCCUCCUCCCGCUGCGCCGGAUGACGCGCCAGGGCCAGCGCUCCGCCCGCCAGAUCGUCGAUCGCCUUGUCGUCUGCGCCGCCGCCCAGGGCCAGGAACAGCCGCAGGCCGUCUGCGUUGGCGACGCGCUGCGCAAGGCCACCAAGGUGCUCGAGGACCGCCGCGACCGCAACCCCGUCGCCACCGUCAUGCUCCUCUCCGACACGCAGCAGCAGCAGCAGCAGCAGCAGGAUGCGAUCCGGCGCCCGCCAGCCGCCCCUCCGGCCACGCGAUUCACGCACGUCGAGAUCCCCAUCGGGCCAGGGGAGGAGCCGGCCCGGUCGGCGCUGGUGGCGGAGGAGGACGACGACCAGUUCUCGGAGCACGCCUUCGCGAAAUGCCUGGGCGGCCUCGUCAGCGUGGUGAUGCAGGAGGUGCAGCUGGAGCUGGCGUUCCCGACGGGCGAGAUCACGGCGGUGUACUCGUGCGGCCACGGGCAGCAGGCGGUGGCCCUUGGGGGCGGUGGCGGCGGCGCGGCGGUGAGUGUCUCCCUGGGCGAGAUGUACGCGGAGGAAGAGCGGGAGCUGCUGGUGGAGCUGCGCGCGCCGCUGAGCCAGAGCCACCCACACUCGCUGUCCGUGCGGUGCAGCUACCGUGAGCCGGCGUCGCAGGAGACGGUGCGCGGCGCGGAGCAGCAGCUGGUGGUGCCGGCCCUCCACGGCGGGAGCUCGUCGCGGCGGCUGCACGACCUGUUCGUGGCGACACGGGCGGUGGCCGAGUCGCGGCGGCUGGCGGAGCUGAACGACUACGCGACGGCCAUCCACCUGCUGUCGUCGGCGCGGGCGGUGGUGGUGCAGUCGGCGGAGCAGGGGCUGGUUGGCAGCCUGGACACGGAGCUGAGCGACAUGCGGUGGCGGCGCGGGCAGUCGGCAGGCAGGCGGCGUGGCGGCGAGUCGGAGGAGACUCCGGUGGGGACGCCGCGGGCGCGGGGGGGAGAGCCGCUGACGCCGACGUCGGCGUGGCGCGCGGCGGAGCAGCUGGCCAAGGUGGCCAUCAUGCGCAAGUCCAUGAACCGUGUCAGCGAUCUCCACGGUUUCGAGAACGCCAGAUUCUGAUUCUCAUCAUCUAUCAAUCUCAGCUCAGCUUGUAAUCAAUGAUAAUUUUCUUUUCUUUUUCAUUUUCAUUUUCAUUUUCUUCUUAUGUGAAAUGAAUCAACAAACACAAGAUAUGUCUCCACGACGAAGAAGAAAGAAGAAAGGCAGAAUUAAGAAGAGGGAGGAGUCCCUGCCGGAGCGCGGCGGACGUAAAUUACAUCUACUCCCUCCAUUACUGUUUUCUUUUUCUCUUCUCUUUUUGUACUCCUAUUCAAAAAUUUGAACUAGUUUAGACAGUCUCAUCCUCUCUAACUGUCACUUUGCCA